CUCACUCCUGCCAUGCCUGGUGGACACUCUCUGCUGCCCUGGCUGCUGCUGCUACCGCCAGUGCUGCUGGGCCCUGGCCUGGCUGAUGGUGUGGGCCCGCUGCCAUCCCACUGCGCCCCGUGCACACCGGAGAAGCUGGCCCAGUGCCCGCUGGUGGCAGCCAGCUGCCCUGAGACGGCUCGACAGCCUGGCUGUGGCUGCUGUCAGACCUGUGCCCUGGGGCCAGGGCAACCCUGCGGGGUGUACACAGCGCGCUGCGCCCGUGGGCUCCGCUGCCGCGUGCCACCGGAGCAGCCUGGCCCGCUGCGUGCCUUGCUGCGGGGACAGGGCACCUGCGCACCUGCUGCCGAGGCCGACAAGCCCACAGACUCUGUUGAAUCUGAGGAUAUGACUUUAGAAAGCACGGAAAUGACCCAGGAUCAGCUGCUGAGCCAGCAGUUGAUGUUUCCCAUCAGCCAGGACAAAUCCAUCCCCUGGAACGCCAUCUCCACAUAUGAAAACAUGAAAGCAAAAAGAAUAUCUGAGCUCAAGAAAUGGAGAGAGCAGGGACCGUGCCAGAAGGAGCUCUACCGAGCCCUGCACAAGUUGGUCAUGGCUCAACAGAGAAGUGGAGGGGAGAUCUACAAAUUCUACCUGCCCAACUGCAGCAAGAGCGGCUUCUACCACAGCAGGCAGUGUGAAACUUCCCUGGAUGGAGAGUCUGCUGCGUGCUGGUGUGUCUACCCAACAAAUGGGAAGAGAAUCCCUGGAUCUCUGGAGCCGAAAGGAGAUGCUGAAUGCCAACAGUACCUCAGUUCACCAGAGUAAAACUGAAUGCGUUCAUUCACGCCAUGCUUUCCACAGGGCCUGAUUGAGCUGUCAGCUAGGAGCUGUUUCAGCUGGGGUAGUGUAUGUGCACCUGAGUUUUGGUAUAGGAUCAACCCCAUCAAGUAGCUUUUCCACUGCACUGGGAUUAUUCAUCUGCUCAAGGGGUAGUCAGAUAUGAGCAACUGCAAGAUUAAGUCCUAUGGUCUUGUAUAUUAUGUUUGUAUAAUAUUAUAGAUACCCUUGUAUGUAAAGCUGUUGAAUUAUUUAUUUCACAGUAAAUGUAUUUUUGUCUGUUGUUACUAAUUUAUAUCCUCAAACACUUCAUAAUGUUAUAUGUAAAGAUAUGUAAAUACUUAAUAUUAUUGCUCCUCUUAUAUGUAUGCAUCUUAUGUUGGAGGAAUGUUGCUACUUAAAACAUCAAAAGGCAUAACUCUAUUGGGAGAAAUGGCUUGUAAACUUGCAUUUUUGUACAAUAUAUUUAUAGACGUAAAACUGAAUUUGAAAAAAAUAGCUUUCAGUAGAGAACACACUUAGGAACUUAUUUAAAACCUGUUUUGUUUAUAUAUCAUGUUGCUUUUGCACAUCCAUUUCAAUGUCAAACUGUUUCUUAAAAAGGAAAGUCUAAACCUGGAUUAUAUACUGAAGCACCUAAUGGGACAAUGUUUGUUUCUAUUUUCCAAACAUAUGCACUGACUAUAUGGUAAAACACAGCAGGAUAUUCU